GCGUGCAUAUGUGUCAGGACAUGAUGUGACCGGAGGCUGCGGACUCAAAUCUCCUGGAUUCUCGACCAUCGUGCCAGUCUCCUCUACCUGGACAGGAUGAGAGAGCAGAUAGAGGAAAUGUUGGUGGACAUCGGGAAGCAGUUGGGGCUUCCGCAGCCGAAGCGAGGGUUGCUCAGCAUUUUGAAGAAGGCGGCUCUCCUGCUUCAAGAUUUGAAGCAGUAUCCCCCGACUUCGACGAUGAGAGCGGUGGAGGCUUGUGCGGGGGCGCUGGCUAUAGCUCCCCUAUUGAAUCAUCGGGACGAGCAUGUGAAGUUGCUCGUGGCAUUUUGCAUCACCGAAGUAAUGCGCAUCGCCGCUCCGCAUUCUCCGUAUGACGAUGGUACCCUGAUGAGCAUGUUUUGCCUGCUCGUGAACGUCUUCGAAGGAGUGAAUGACAUCGCUAGUCCUUGGUAUCCGAGGAGAAUCAGAAUUCUUGAAUCGGUUGCGCACGUCGAGUCCUGCGUGAUCAUGCUGGACCUGAAUUGUGUCGAUCUCCUUCUCAAACUGUUCACCGUGUUAUUUGACGUCGCGAGUGAUCAACAUCCGCCAUUCGUGAUGGAGUCUAUGCAGAAUAUCAUGACACUGCUUCUGUUAGCAGCGAAAGAGGAAUCCGCAGUCUUGCAGAAUGCGGUGCUCUCAAAACUGCAAGACGAUGAAAUCGUCAGCCCGGCUGCUCAACAGCUGGCCGAGGCAGUGGUGGAAGCCUGUAGUAACAAGCUGAAAUUCUUCCCUUGAGAGUUUCUUGCUGAGCAUGAACCUCGUGGUCCACUUCGAGGUUUAAAUGUUGAGCUCACUAAUUGAAUAACUCCGAGGACAACACCAUGCAGAAGCGUCUGCUGUUUGUUCUAGCUGAUGAAUAUAUCUCGGGUCAAGCUGUACACAUCGAGUGCGAAGAUCUAAAUGUUCACAAUUGAUCAAACGACUCCUGGCAUUUGCAAAUAUUCAUACUAGAGAUCUUACAAAGAUGCUUCAUCUCAUGUACUUCAACUCUAUCAGCUUGUGCAUUUUCCCGUGGCACAUCCAUAGAUUGACGCUUCUUGAGUUCUAGUGCACGAAUCUUUCUCAUCUUCUGCUCGUACAUUAUGUAGAAUCGCGUUCCAUCACUGACAAUUAAAACGCACAAAACGUUAUAACGUGGGUCUCGACAAAGUCAUAACCUGUUCAAGAUAGAUGGAAUUGUAGCUCCUAAGAAAGGAAUGAUCUUCCGCUGAAGAAUUCCGCCGAACUAAAGCCUGGACCCAACUGUCAAGUGGACUGAUUC